GUUAAACUAACAUGUCAAUAUUAACCAUCACUCUUUCACAGGUGUCUCGUCAAUGGAAUGAAACAAUUGUCGUAGACGUCCUGGUUGUUGGGUUUGACGGAUUUAAUGAAUACAGAAUUCCACUUUUCCUUCUCGUAUUGAUUAUCUACAUCAUUACCUGCAUUGAGAACGUCCUGAUCAUCUCUGUAAUAUGGAAAAGUCCUCAUCUCCACACCCCCAUGUACUUCCUGAUCAGCAAUUUAUUUCUUUGUGAAUUUGUUGGUACCACCGGCAUUGAACCGUCGGUGCUGCAAAACAUCCUAUGGGGAAGAAGCGUUGUUCCUUAUGUUGAUUGCGUUAUCCAGAUAAAUGUAGUGAUCGCUGUUUUAGUCUUUGAGACUUUUCUGCUGACUCUGAUGUCCUAUGACCGAUAUUUGGCGAUAUGUCACCCAUUGAGAUAUGCUGCUCUCAUGCACAAUAGACUGUGCCUGUAUCUUAUGAUCGGCUUUUGGUUGUUUUCAGCUGCGGUUGUAGCCGUUUUAUUUUACUUCUUUAUGUGUCUAAAAUAUUGUGCCCCUAUUAUCAUCUAUUAUUUUUUUUGUGAAUACACGGCAUUCUCUACUCUGGUGUGUGUUUUGUCAGACACAAGACCCAUUUCCAUAUACGGCUGGGUGAUAAGUUAUCUGGUUAAUCUACCUUUUGGGUUUAUUGUCUUGUCCUACAUACUGAUCAUCAUCUCCAUCCUCAGGAUAAAGUCAUCAGCCGGGAGACGGAAGGCCUUCUCCACCUGCAGCUCCCAUCUCCUGGUGGUCUCUUUAUAUUUCGGAAUACCAUUUGCUACAUAUAUACUGUCAUUUACUUCAACAUUAAGUGACAGCGUUUAUAACGGACUCACCUUUAUAUACUUUUUGGUGCUUCCCAUGUUAAACCCCAUCAUUUACACUUUAAGGAAUCAGGACAUUCAUAAAGCUUUGAAGACAUCAGUGAACGACAUGAAAGAAUAUUGUGCCAUUAAAGGACAUUCAGGAUAAGGAAACAUUCAAGAGUGAGAAAUAAUGUUGUGAACACCACUGUUAUAGGGCGUGGAUUUAUUUGUGUAGGAUACACUGAAAAAAAGGGCAAAUGUUCUAAACGCUUUUUCUUUGUCUGUGUUCUCUAGGUUGUAUGGUAGUUUAUUACACUGGGCCGUCUUUAAGGCAGAACAUGUGAUUGUUGUGGGGCCCAAAAAGCAGCUGUCUCAUACUU